AUGCCUUGGUUUAUGAAUAUAAAAGUGCUCGAUGGAAACGUUCAGGUGUUUAACAAAACUUUCGAUUUAUGCGAUAAUAAACCGAAACCAACUAUGAUUACGGCACAUAUUUUAGCAUAUGCAAUUCCGAUCGUAUGUCCAAUAAAGAAAGAUGAAAAACAUUGUAGGAAUGACAGUGUUAUAUUCAAAUUGAAUGCUAUUCAUGAAAAAAUGUUUGAAUUAUUUUCAAGAUAUAAGAGAGUCAAAGCUCUAAUAAAUAUUGAGCGCGAUACAGGAAUAACAUGCAUUGAAACCUUUACUAGUAUUAACUAG